AUGAACCGUCCCGGAUCAGAACAUCAUUACCACUAUGCACAACUCACCGGAGGCCCUGGAAAUACACUGAGCACCUUUUAUGGAAAUCAGUUCCAAGACGAUCCUUCUCCUUAUGCAACGACAACGUUGGUUAUGUCAAAUCAACAACCUGCAUGGUUAAAUGAUCGCAUGUUAAGAGGGCCUGUGCUCCCAAGUAAUCCCAUUCCGAAUGGUCCACCGGCAAGAUAUGCCGAUCAUUCUGGACGUCGAUCACGAGGAAGUCGAGCGUCCGAACAUCGUCAAGCU